AAGUGGGACCACAGUCCUUGUGGAAACAAGUAAGAACUAAAGAAACUUCCUUCCUUCUCUUGUUCUCCGUACGAAAAGGGUUUUAAUGCAACGUAAAAACUCGUUAUGAGCUAUAAAAGUGUCGAGGGACGGGACAGCGCGCGCGUUUUACUGUCCGCUCAGAGUUCAAAUACAGUCUGAAGGAAUGAGGUUUUACCACAAAGAGGUUCCUGUGCAGGACUUUGUCACUGUGUGACAUCGGGGUCAGGAACCGGGAAGCUGCUGUUUGGAUCAGGAACCAAGGUGACCGUUGAGUCCAGUGAGUAGAAAGUGUCAGUGGUGUCAUUUGAGGUGUAACGGAGUAUUUCUCUAUGUGCCGCCUGGUGUGGGGUCCGAAAGCAUCAGGUCCCGCGUCCCCUCCUCCUGUCGUGUGGUUCUUCACUGCUCAACACACUGACCGCGGAGUGUGACGUUUCAGCCUCAGGAGCAGUUUUGGGCUCGUUGUCCAUCGGCCGGCGUGUUGGGACUGAACACUUUAACGUUAAUUUAAUCUUUUCAAUUUAAUGUUGUCUCUUGGUCCACCCAAGAAGAAAUGGACACACACACACACACAGAGACACACAUGGUUUUUGAAGUCUUCUAUCACAGUGUGUGAAUACUAACAACUACAGGAUCAUCUUUGGGUCUGGAACGCAGCUUGUGGUUCAGUCAAGUAAGUAUUAAAGACGUACAUGAACUGUUUGUUAAACGUUCUUUAACAUGGACCGUGGAGUGUGAUGUUUCAGCCUCAUGAGCAGUUUUGGGCUUGUUUGUCCAUCAGCUGGUGUACUGCUGCUAAGAAAGACACUGGGUGCUUAAUUGUGAUUUAAUAUUUGAGUGCGUUGAAGUGUAAGCACUGUGUGUUACGACGGAAACAUCCGUGUCCCUUGUUAGUUUUCGAUGCUCGGUGGCACACUGUGUGAAUGCUAACAAUGUGAAGAUGACUUUUGGAUCUGGAACAAAAGUUUGGGUUCAGUCAAGGACUCCAUCCGACCCCUCCUACUACCUGCUGGAAAAAGACAGCACGCAAGCUUGCUUGGCCACGGGUUUCAGUGCCUAUAACGCCACCGACAAGGAGCCGCUCUUUAACCAGACCAAGAGCAGCCCCACCAGGAUAGAACAUGAGGCGACCUUUGACAAAGUGGUUCUGGUCCAGAACGCCACUGACUGUCCAUCUGGUAAAGGUUCCGCUUCCGGUGAAUGUGCCACCGAAGGAUUUUUCGAAACAGAUGAAAAGAUCAACUUCCUGUCGCUGACGAUUCUCGGCCUCAGGGUCCUGUUUCUCAAGAGUGUGGUCUUCAACGUGAUCAUGACGCUCCGCGUGUGGAUGAGUUAGGGUGUGGAUGCAGUGCUCCCAGAGUCCGAGACGGGAUAGCAAGAACACAUACACACACACACACAUCCCCAAAAAAAAUCAGUGUGUUGCAGUGAAAUGACACACCUCUGUUUGCGCUCUUUUCCAUAGAUUCUCUUCUUUUCAGAAUUUGAAUGUUUUCUUUUACUUUCAAUGCUGAAGUAUUUGCUUCUACAAUUCUUUUAUAUAUAGAACACACACACACGUUCUCUGAUCUUUAUAUAUGUAAAAUGUUUAGCUUUAAGCGUGUAAAGUUAAAUAGAUGCAAAAUCUUGUACAUGUACUCUUUAUGUCC